GGCGGUUCCUGGCGCAAAAGCCGACGCGCAGUGAACUCCACCAGAAAGCGCUUCUUGAGGUGCGGCCGCAUGCGAUUGAGGGCUACGACCGCGAAGCAGUGAAAGGUAGAGAUAUGGCGGAAAGAAAAAAUGGUUGGAAGUGAUAGAACUGCAAAGCUUUUCGUCUUGCGGAUAGCUUAGAGGAAGGACUGCUUGAUACGCCAUGAUGAUGACUUGAUUAUAUUCUGUGUGCGAAGAACAAGAAGAUGAACUACAUUGUUCUUCAUAGUGCCUUUGCAGGAGUCUCGAUUACUGUGGGAAAAACAGUCCCGCUGGCCAAGAGGAGGUACGACUGGGCGAAGCGGAGAGCAGUGGGGCUGCACGUGUAUACGCCGCACUACUGUGCGGUGUGCGCGGAGAGCAGUGGGACUGCACGCGUCAACAGAUGACAACGUCCUUGUGCGUGAUCGACGGAGAGCGUGGAGUGUUGAUCGAGUGACGCCUCUUCUGGAACACUGCUGUAGCCACGUUUUACUACUCCAGUUUUUGUUUCUCUUACGACAAGAAUAAGACGACAAGCUGAUAAGAUAAAAUACAUCCGAUGAGGCUCUUCUCCGAGUCUCCGAUAAGCUAAAAAAAAAUACGAUAAUAAUGCUGUCCACUC